GUUCUCGGUCAGUACGCAUGCGCAGAGCCUAGUGUCCAGUGUGUAGAUGUGAACAGCUGUUGAGUUCGUUGUCGGUAGAACCGAGACAGCACGUGUGGAACCGCCAGGAUAACGGAGAAGACCUGCCCCUAAAGGCGGCACACAGACAGAGACUGGGUCGGAACCCGGACAACCGCUGGUCCAUUUGCUAACGCGGCUAAAGGAAGCGAACCUUCAUCAGUUGACUUACAGGCCGCAGCCCGGUCCGACCCGUGUGGUGGUGGAGGGAGGGCUCUAGUGGACCACCGGACCGCUCUCCCUCCGGUUGUUCUGUCUCCCGGUGUCAGCAAGUUAUUGUGGUGCGUCUUAAGAAGGACCCCGACUCGGUUCGGCUGGAGGGCCAGAGCCAAGAUGUUGAUAGCAGCUGUCAACACAGCGACCGGAAGUUCCAGUGGCACAGGCAAGAAGCACAGAAGACGAUGCAAAAAACAUCGGAGACCUCGAGCUGAUGACAACCGGCCUAAUGAGCUCUCCGAGUCUCAGAGUGUAAAAGCUGAUGGCAAUCCUUGCCAGACACCAUUGGAAAGCGAUCUCCAAAAAGACCAUCAAGCCCCUCAAAGAUCUCCAGUUAACACUGCAACAACAGAUGCAAAAGAUUUACAUGAAGCUACCACAUUAGUGUCUCAAAGUGUAGCACAGAUACCAUCACACUCUCAGAGUCCCCACCAAACAAUCCAGUCCACGUACCUCCAGAGCAACCACCAGAAAACUCCGUCCCCACCCCCCCAGAGUCCACAAAGAAGCCAUUCGCCAUGCAUCCAGAGCCCUAACCUGACGGCUCAGUCACUUGACCCCCAGAACCUCACCCAGAAAACCCAUUCACCACAUCCCCAUAACUCCCAACAAACAAACCUGUCAAGAGCGGCCCACAGUCCCCACCGCACCAACCAGUCGCCAAGCUCCCACCAGGCAACCCAGUCACCAAGAUCCCACCAAACAACCCAGUCACCAAAUGCCCAAAGUCACCGACAGACAUCCCAGUCGCCAAACACCCAAAGCCCCCACCAAACAACCCAGUCACCAAAUGCAUACACUCCUCACCAGGCAAUCCAGUCACCAAACCCACACAGCCCCCACCAGAGAUCCCUGUCACCAAUGGCCCCCACCCCCCACCAGGCAAUCCAGUCACCAAAACCACACAGCCCCCACCAGAGAUCCCUGUCACCAAUGGCCCCCACCCCCCACCAGGCAAUCCAGUCACCAAAACCACACAGCCCCCACCGGAGAUCAAGGUCACCAAAGGCCCACAGCCCUCAGUGUAGACCACUCUCCAAUCUAGAUAUCAGAGAUUUCCCUGUAGCCGCCUUCAGUAUUUGUGAAACUACCUUUCAAACAUCCCAGUGUCUCAGCCAGUCAUCUUCCUCCAAAUUAGACAAGCCCAUCCACACAUCUGGCCAAUCACUGCCAACUGUUAAUCAUAAUAUUAUUCAAAGUGGUCUUAAUUUGCGUAGCCCAUCUCUACAAUUAAUUUGCUCAGACAGCCAAACUGAGCUCUUCAAAACAUCUCCAAGUAUAUCUCAAGGUAUUGCCUCUGAAUCCCUACCAGAAUCUUCCUCAUAUAAUUUUCAAACUUCUCCCACUCUCUCCUUAAACUCCACCUACACUGAUCAGUUUCUUCCGUCCUCAGUCACAUUUGCCUCCAGUGUCUCUCCACACCUUUACUCCUCUUUGGGCUCCUCUUCUACCCCCUUUCCCUGCUCUCUGGACUCUGUUGACUGUCCUUCUGGCCUUGCUCCCACAACCCCCUCAGGACCAACACAACCUUUCCCGCCCCCCUCAGCUCAGAGCCCUCCUAUAGGGUUAACCCCACCACCUGUUCAGCUGCUGGGGUCUGAUGAUGAAGAACAGGAAGACCCAUCAGAUUAUUGUAAAGGUGGUUACUAUCCAGUGAAGAUUGGGGAUCUGUUUAAUGGGAGGUACCAUGUUGUAAGGAAACUGGGCUGGGGACAUUUCUCCACAGUCUGGCUCUGCUGGGACCUGCAAAAGAAGCGUUUUGUGGCGAUGAAGGUGGUGAAGAGUGCUCCACAUUAUACUGAGACAGCUCUGGAUGAGAUCAAACUGCUUCGAUGUGUCAGGGAUAGUGACCCCUCUGACCCUCAUAGGGAAACCAUUGUCCAGCUUAUUGAUGACUUCAAAAUUUCUGGGGCCAAUGGAGUUCAUGUUUGUAUGGUUAUGGAGGUUUUGGGUCACCAGUUGUUAAAAUGGAUCAUUAAGUCAAAUUAUAUGGGAUUUCCUCUGGUCUGCGUCAAAACCAUCAUCAAGCAGGUGCUGCAGGGACUUGACUACCUCCACACCAAGUGUAAGAUCAUCCACACAGACAUCAAACCAGAAAACAUCUUAUUGGUUGUUGAUGAUGUUUACAUCAGAAGAUUGGCAGCUGAAGCCACCAUCUGGCAGAGAGAGGGAGCCCCACCCCCUUCUGGCUCAUCAGUUAGUAUGGCUCCUAGGAAUGUACAGGUAGGGAGGUUGUCUAAAAACAAGAAGAAAAAGUUGAAGAGAAAAGCGAAACGCCAGCAGCGCCUCUUGGAGGAGAGGCUGUUGGAUAUCCGGAGGAUGGAGGAAGAGGAGGGUCUGCUGAAACCUGACGACGCUGAUGCCACCUGCUCUUCUGUGGUGCACAACGGCAACACUAAAACAAGCUCAGAGUCCAGCUGCUCCUGGGUGGAGGACACCUCUGGCCGGUUCUGUAGCCCCGCCUCCGGCCUUUCGGGGUUCUCCAGCUCUGUGAUGUCAGCGACAUCUGAGUCAGCACUUUCUACUCAGUCGGGAUGUUCGAGUGGACAUGACGUGUUCGGUGCCUCAGACUUUAUGGUUAACCCUCUGGAGCCUCAGAACGCUGACCGAAUUCAAGUGAAGAUUGCGGACUUGGGAAAUGCUUGCUGGGUGCACAAGCAUUUCACCGAGGACAUUCAAACGAGGCAGUACCGAGCCCUAGAAGUUCUGAUUGGAGCAGAUUACGGGCCGCCAGCAGACAUCUGGAGCACCGCCUGCAUGGCUUUUGAGCUGGCGACAGGAGAUUAUCUGUUUGAGCCUCACUCAGGAGAAGACUACACCAGGGACGAAGACCACAUCGCUCACAUCAUCGAGCUGCUUGGCCCCGUCCCUUUGCCCUUUGUUUUGUCUGGCAGGUAUUCCAGAGAGUACUUCAGCAGGAGAGGUGACUUGCGUCACAUCUCCAACCUGAAGCCCUGGGGUCUGUUCGAGGUCCUGCUGGAAAAGUAUGAGUGGCCUCUGGACCAAGCGGCACAGUUUAGCGACUUCCUGCUCACCAUGUUGGAUUUGGAGCCGGAUCACAGAGCAACAGCGGCGCAAUGCCUCCAGCACGCCUGGUUGUGCACGUGAUCCACGUGCACAGCCGCGGGCUGAUUUUAGUAAUAUUGGAAAUCAUCAACGCACCUGUCUUGACUUAUUUACACUCAUCUGUCUGAUCUACACGCACCUGUCUUACUGAUCUACACGCACCUGUCUGACUGAUCUACACGCACCUGUCUGACUGAUCUACACGCACCUGUCUGACUGAUUUACACUCAUCUGUCUGAUCUACACGCACCUGUCUGACUGAUUAACAUGCACCUGUCUGACUGAUUUACACGCACCUGUCUGACUGAUAGACGCACACCUGUCUGACUGAUUUACACGCACCUGUCUGACUGAUCUACACGCACCUGUCUGACUGAUUUACACGCACCUGUCAGACUGAUCUACACGCACCUGACUGAUCUACACGCACCUGUCUGACUGAUUUACACGCACCUGUCUGACUGAUUAACACGCACCUGUCAGACUGAUCUACACGCACCUGUCUGACUGAUUUUCACGCACCUGUCAAACUGAUCUACACGCACCUGUCUGAUCUACACGCACCUGUCUGACUGAUCUACACGCACCUGUCUGACUGAUAACACGCACCUGUCAGACUGAUCUACACGCACCUGUCUGACUGAUUUUCACGCACCUGUCAGACUGAUCUACACGCACCUGUCUGAUCUACACGCACCUGUCUGACUGAUCUACACGCACCUGUCUGACUGAUUAACACGCACCUGUCAGACUGAUCUACACGCACCUGUCUGACUGAUCUACACGCACCUGUCUGACUGAUUAACAUGCACCUGUCAGACUGAUCUACACGCACCUGUCUUACUGAUAGACGCACACCUGUCUGACUGAUUUACACGCACCUGUCUGACUGAUCUACACGCACCUGUCUGACUGAUUUACACGCACCUGUCAGACUGAUCUACACGCACCUGACUGAUCUACACGCACCUGUCUGACUGAUUUACACGCACCUGUCUGACUGAUUAACACGCACCUGUCAGACUGAUCUACACGCACCUGUCUGACUGAUUUUCACGCACCUGUCAGACUGAUCUACACGCACCUGUCUGAUCUACACGCACCUGUCUGACUGAUCUACACGCACCUGUCUGACUGAUUAACACGCACCUGUCAGACUGAUCUACACGCACCUGUCUGACUGAUCUACACGCACCUGUCUGACUGAUCUACACGCACCUGUCUGACUGAUUUACACGCACCUGUCUGACUGAUUAACACGCACCUGUCAGACUGAUCUACACGCACCUGUCUGACUGAUCUACACGCACCUGUCUGACUGAUCUACACGCACCUGUCAGACUGAUCUACACGCACCUGUCAGACUGAUCUACACGCACCUGUCUGACUGAUUUACACGCACCUGUCUGACUGAUCUACACACACCUGUCUGACUGGUUUACACGCACCUGUCUGACUGAUCUACAUGCACCUGUCAGACUGAUCUACACGCACCUGUCUGACUGAUCUUUACGCACCUGUCUGACUGAUCUACACACACCUGUGACUGAUCUUUACACACCUGUGACUGAUAUAGACGCACCUGAUUUCGACUCACCUGUCUGACGUUUGUGAUGUUUAUAAAUGCGACUUCCAUCUGAAUGAAAUCGCCACAUUUCCUCAGACUUUUACGUCCCUGGCACAGAGACCAGACACAGGUGAUUGAUUUCACUAAUCUGUGUGGGAAGCAGAUUAAAGGAUCACGUGGGAACGAGCUGAGUCUUGUGACUCGUCGGUUUUGACUGCUCUGAUUGGACAACUGAAGAACUGUAAUACCCUUCAUUAAGUAGCAUCAGUAUUUACCUCCUGAUUACUUCCUAAUGUGAUUAUUGAUCAGACUGCUGGAGCCCCCUGGUGGUGAGGACGGGUCUGCAGCUGAAACAAACCGCUUUACUGAAUAAUCCUGUCUCACCUGUGUUUACCUUUUUCUUACUUAAGUGCCUUAAGACAACCCAUCCUCUCUGUUCCAGAGAAGCUACUGACGAUGUAGAGUGACGUGUUUAUCUGCUUGUGUGGGACACUUCCUGUGAAAAUAAAAACGUGUUCUGACCUGACUCCAUGGGGUGGGUUAACCCUAACCUAACCAGGUUAGGAAUAGUUCUAGUCGGAGUCCAGCCCAUCUCCAACCACAAACCCAAACCACCCAUCAGCUGAAUCCUUCCAGCCGUCCCGGCGUGGCGCUGAACCUCCCGAGAAGAGUCCUCUUCCACGGUUUAACGAUGAUUAACCCUUCAUCCUUAACCAAAGGAUCGUUUCACUCUUCUGUCUAAAUGUGGACACUGCUGUACUCUACAGACUAUUUAGUUCCAGGGAUGCUGAUGGACUGCCGGUUGAACGCUUCUUUUACUCUGAGGCUCAUCUAAAAAAUUACAAUAAAGGUGUUUUUUUUUUUUUGCGUCACUCAGAAACUCGUAUAGAAACAUCAAAGAGAAAUAUUUCAGCCUUUCAUUUCCUGUACUUGUGAGAAUUCUGACUUGAAAUGAGAAAAUGACAUCAGAGCAAAUAAAACGGAUCAUUUAAACAUCA